AUGGAUGUGGAUGAUGAUGUCGAGCUCGGUCCCGGCCGCGAUAUUCCAACUGACGGAAUUCCAGUCAACUUUGUCCCUGCUAAAGCCGGAGACGUCAUCAAGCUAGGACUCAUCACUUGCCGCGUCUUAGAAGAUGGAUCCCGCACAGACAAUCGCAUCGGGGCCGCCGAGUUCACUCUCCCUCCCGGCUUGAAAGGACCUCCAGCCCAUUGGCACGAGAUGCAUGACGAGACAUUCUUGACGACUAAAGGCACUAUUCGAUACCACAUCCCCAAGCCUGAUGGCACCGAGGACACCAUCGAUGCGAAAGAGGGCGACUAUGUCACGGUCCCUGUUCGGGCACCGCAUACAUUCAGCAACCCGACUGACCAGGAGGCCAAGUUCUUCAACACAUAUACUCCGGCAUAUUAUAUCAACUACUUCACGCUGCUUGGAACAUACGUGCAAGAGGGCAAGCCAAUCUUGCCAAAGGAGCAUUUGGAUGCGAUGUCGAACUACGCAACUCUUCCUGUGCCGAAGAAAUACUCCCAGAAGAAGUAA